AUGGCUUCCUGCAGGAUCCCGCUCCUGUGCCUCCUUGGCUUGUUGCUGCUAGUAGCUUCGCCCGCAAUUGCUGCUGAUGACUCCGGCGGUAUCUACUACCAGCUUGCUCUUCUGAUUACCGGCAUCGGCCUGGAGCAGUACUGGAGCAACAUCAAGUGCCCCAGCAACAACGGGCAGAGCAGCUGGAAGAACGCCUGGAAGAAGGCCGGUGCCUGCUCCGGCCUCGACGAGAAAGCCUACUUCGAGAAGGCCCUCUCCUUCCGUAUCCAGGAUGACUUCAACCUCUACAGCCUGAAGGCGAUCAAGAAGGUGUUCAAGAGCGGGAUCAACGCGGAGCCGGUGAUCCAGUGCAGCAUGGGCCCCUUCGACAAGUACAUGCUGUACCAGCUCUACUUCUGCGCGAACGGGAACGGGACGUUCAUCGACUGCCCCGCGCCGGCGCAGUACACGUGCUCCAAGACCGUCCUCUUCCACCCCUACAAGAAGUGGAUGCUCAAGCAGCAGCUCAACGACGACUCCGCCGAGUUCUACGAAGGCGCCGCCGACCCGUUCCAGCUGCCUGGUCUGGCCAUGGACAACUGA